UCAAUCUAAACUAAUGAAAAUAGAUUGUUCUGGAUUUUAUAUUUUUCAAAAUCUGAUUUAACUCAAACACCUAUAGCAGAAAAAAAUUGAAUAACGGAGCAUCUUAGGAAGAAGCAUGUAGUGAUGAACUAAAGUUUUCUUCUUCUGAAAGACUCAAAUACACUGUAGCUUUUGGUAUCUGGGUGAGCAUAUGCCAUCUGUGGUUGGCAAUAACACUCUCAGGUUCAGACAAAGGGAAGACCCGUCGUCCUUUUAUGUUUUAAAUAUUGGACAAUUUGUGUUAGUUCUCUGUAAUGUAGCUGUGAACGGUACAAGUUUGAAUCCAAUCAUUGUUGGUUAUAAUUCGUCCAAAUGCUGUUAGUUCGUUAAAUAUAUAUUCAUCUUAUCUCCUUUUGUGAAUGUCAUUUUACUUUCUAAAGAAUCCCAAUUAUACACCAAGUAAUAAAUAGAAAAAUAUAAAGCCGGCAACUGAUUGAGUUGGUCAGUUUUGGCUAUAAAAUGGACGAAUCACCAACCAUAAAAUUAGUCACCAUUUCCAAGUCCAGCUUUCUAUUCUGGACCCUUUCAGUGUAUGAUGGGGUUUUCCAAAGUUUUAAGCUAUUCCACCCUUCUCCUUUUCAUUGGGUAUACUUUGGUGAAUGGAUCCAGCCCAAAGCAUCAUAUAGUUUACAUGGGAGAUCAUUCACACCCUAAUUCAGAAUCCGUGAUCACGGCAAACCAUGAGAUACUAGCUUCAGUCACAGGAAGCCUGAGUGAAGCAAAAGCAGCAACCAUCCACCAUUACAGUAAAAGCUUUCAAGGCUUCUCAGCUAUGAUUACACCUGAGCAAGCCACUCAACUAGCAGAACAUAAAUUGGUAGUGUCAGUUUUUGAGAGCAAAAUGAAUAAACUCCACACCACACAUUCUUGGGAUUUUCUUGGAUUGGAUACUAUCUACAGGAACAAUUCUAAAGCACUGGACACUGCAUCCGAAGUCAUUGUUGGUGUCAUUGACUCUGGAAUCUGGCCGGAAUCGCAAAGCUUCACUGAUUAUGGAUUAGGUCCGGUGCCCAAAAAAUUCAAAGGAGAGUGUGUCACUGGUGAUAAGUUUACACUAGCCAAUUGCAACAAGAAAAUCAUCGGUGCUCGAUUCUAUUCAAAAGGGUUUGAAGCAGAAAAUGGUCCUCUAGACGGUGUUGUCAAUAAGAUAUUUUUCCGGUCAGCUCGAGAUAAUGAUGGACAUGGAACACACACAGCUUCUACAAUAGCAGGGUCUACUGUUGCUAAUGCCAGCUUACUUGGUAUUGCCAAAGGAACAGCUAGAGGUGGUGCCCCAAGUGCUAGACUUUCCAUCUACAAGGCCUGUUGGUUCGGGUUUUGCAGUGAUGCUGAUAUUCUUUCAGCAGUGGAUGAUGCUAUUCAUGAUGGCGUUGAUAUAUUAUCUCUUUCUCUUGGUCCUAAUCCUCCCCAGCCAAUUUACUUCGAAGAUGCAGUCAGUUUAGGAGCAUUCCAUGCAUUUCGAAAGGGUGUUCUUGUUUCUGCUUCAGCUGGAAAUUCAGUUUUUCCACGUACUGCAUGCAAUGUUGCUCCUUGGAUCCUCACUGUUGCUGCUAGCUCCAUAGACAGGGAGUUCAGUUCAAACAUCUACCUUGGUAACUCAAAGGUCUUAAAGGGUUCUUCUUUGAAUCCAAUAAAAAUGGAGCACCCGUAUGGUUUGGUAUAUGGAAGUGCUUCUGCAGCUGCUGGAGUUUCAGCAGUAAAUGCAAGCUUCUGCAAGAACAAUACUCUAAAUCCUACCUUAAUCAAGGGUAAAAUUGUGAUCUGUACAAUCGAGAAUUUCAGUGAUAACAGACAAGAUAAGGCCAUAGAAAUAAGGAAAGGUGGGGGUGUUGGAAUGAUACUUAUUGAUCAUAAUGCCAAAGAUGUUGGUUUUCAAUUUGUCAUCCCAAGCACUCUCAUUGGUCAGGAUGCUGUAGAAGAGCUCCAAGCAUAUAUAAAGACAGAUAAGAAUCCUACUGCUAGAAUCUACCCAACGAUAACUGUAGUUGGUACCAAACCAGCACCAGAAAUGGCAGCCUUUUCUUCAAUGGGGCCAAACAUAAUAACACCAGACAUUAUUAAGCCAGAUAUCACAGGACCUGGAGUGAAUAUUUUGGCAGCAUGGUCCCCAGUAGGAACUGAUGCCACAGUUGAACAACGACCUGUCAACUACAACAUCAUUUCAGGAACAUCAAUGUCUUGUCCACACAUAACUGCAGUUGCAGCAAUUAUUAAAUCUCACCACCCAUCUUGGGGUCCUGCAGCCAUAAUGUCUUCAAUAAUGACAACAGCAACAGUCACUGAUAACGCACAGCACCUCAUAAGAAGAGAACCAAAUGGAACUCAAACCACACCAUUUGACUAUGGAUCUGGACAUGUUAACCCAGUCGCAUCACUGAAUCCGGGAUUAGUAUAUGAAUUUAAUUCCCAAGAUGUUCUGAAUUUUCUGUGCAGCAAUGGAGCAAGCCCAGCACAAGUUAAAAACCUCACUGGGGAUCUUACUCAAUGCCAAAAACCUCUUAAAGCUUCCUAUAACUUCAACUAUCCUUCCAUUGGAGUGUCCAACUUGAAUGGAAGUUUAUCAGUUUAUCGUACAGUUACUUACUAUGGUCAGGAGCCAACAGUAUAUUCUGCAAGUAUUGAAAAUCCAUCUGGUGUGAAGGUUAUAGUUACUCCAGCAGAAUUGAAGUUCUGGAAAACUGGGGAGAAGAUAACUUUCAGGAUUAAUAUCUUCCCUUUCAAGACAAGCAAUGGAAACUUUGUGUUUGGCUCCUUGACAUGGAAUAAUGGAAAACAAAGGGUUAGGAGUCCUAUUGGUGUCAAUGUACUCUCUACUUAAUGUGGAGUGCUUCUUGGUCUGUAUCAUUCUUGGGUUUACACCUAAGAAAAUGCAUUUAUUUAUAUCGCUUUCAUUUCUGCAAGAAAAGAAAGGUUCAACUGAAACCAAUAUUGUCUGAUUCAAUGGCAGCAAUGUCAACUUCUAUUGCCUGUGA